CUUGUAUUUCAGAGAGUCCCCAUGUGUUUUCAGCACUGCAGCUCAGCAGAGAAGUACAGGAGACGAGUCUGGCCCAGAAGAUCCCCGUGAUGAGCCCAAGCAUCCCCUUUCUGACUGUGCCUUAGAGCACAAAGCCAUCAAAUUGGAAGAACAAGUCCGGGAUUUAACUGAGCGAUACCGGAAAGCUUUGGCAGAUUCUGACAAUGUCCGGAGGAGAACGCAGAAGUUUGUGGAAGAUGCCAAGCUCUUUGGGAUCCAGAGUUUCUGCAGGGACCUUGUGGAGGUAGCAGAUAUCUUGGAGAAGACUGCCGAGAGCGCCGCAGAAGAAGCGGAGCCUAGUAAUCCAAAUCCAACCUUGAAGAAAAUCUAUGAAGGCCUCUCUCUCAUAGAGGCCAAAUUGCAAAGUGUAUUUGCCAAACACGGCCUUCAGAAGAUGAACCCUGUUGGUGGCAAAUAUGAUCCAUACGACCAUGAAAUAGUCUGCCAUGUACCAGCCGAGGGAAUGCAGCCGGGCACGAUAGCACUGGUGACUCAGGAUGGCUACAAACUCCAUGGGCGCACUAUCAGACAUGCACUUGUCGGUGUGGCAGUAGAGUCACAGGAAUGACAUGGGCUUACCCAUUGGCAUCUGGGACCGUACUGCGCUGAGGAGCCCUCAGCAUGCAGUUGCAUGUCUUUACUUAUUUAUUAAGAUAGGUUUGUAUUGUAUGUUGGCUUCUUUAUAAUGUGUGCAGUCAUUUUGCCAUGAAUUCUAAGGUACUUGUAUAU